CCCUAACUAAAACACCAAAAAUUCUUAUUAUGGCAGCAAUAACAUCUGUAUCUUCAAGCCCCAAAUGGCUAGUUUUGAUGUUCAUGGCAUUAGUUUUUCAGAACCAAAUGGCUCAAUCUCAGACACAAACUUGUUCAAAUUCACUUGCAAAUCUGAAUGUGUGUGCACAAUUUGUGGUGCCUGGUGCAGCCAACACCAGCCCUAGCCCCGACUGCUGCACAGCAUUACAGGGCCUGGAACAUGACUGCAUUUGCAAUACUCUCCGUAUUGCGGCUCGUCUUCCUGCACUGUGCAACCUCCCUCCUCUCUCUUGUGGUGCAAACUGAGUAGCAUUUGCUGAGGACUGCAGAAUAAUGUCAAAGAUGUCCAACCCCCCCCCCCCC